UUUUUUUUUAAGCAGAUGUUGAAGCAACACCUGGGCAGCUUGGUCUCAAGUUGUCUCCCAAGAUUUUUAAGGGUAGGUCUUAACCCUCCUUCAUCUUCUGGUAGAAGAUGGUUUCAUGCUUCAACUCCAGCCUUGCAUAUUAUGAGGAUGACUCGUUUGCGAGUGGUUGAUAACUCUGAGCUGGGAAAGCAAGCCAUGUUGGAAGGCAAGCCUCCAAAGUGCAUUGGCAUCUACAAGAGAGUACAAAUUGGAAAUACAGGUGACCGCAUUAUUGUGGCAAUCAAGGGGCAGAAGAAGAAGGCAGUGAUUGUUGGCUGCAAGGGGAAGCUCAUAAAGCCAUUAGUGCCUCGAUUUGAUACAAAUAAUAUAGUUCUUGUAGAUGAGGACAACACUCCCCUAGGAACUCGAAUUCUUGCUCCUAUACCUCACUCCCUGAGAGCCAAAGGGGAGUAUUCAAAGCUAAUAGCCAUUGCCACAAGGUUUGUUUGAUUAAAGUGCAGGGAUGUGAGGGCU